UCAACACCAGAACAAAGGAAGACUUCUCCUUCGCCUUCUCUUUUUCCCCUUUUGUUUCCUUCCUAUUUACUCCUCGUUUUCUUCAUCAAAUCUCUUGAUUUUCUUCUCUCUUUAUCGCCGAAUUUGAUCGGACCGAGAUGAGUUUUCAGGAUAUUGAGGCGGGAAUUGUUAGUCCUCGCCGGAAUUACUUCGAUUCCAAGCGAAAACAGCCGCCUCAACAACAACAACAAGAACAGGAUCCAUCUCAAUCCGUGGCCGCCGGGAUUUUCAGAAUUAGGACUGCCGUUUUGGCCUUUGAUCGUCUUGUCGGUUCUCUUGGAACCCCAAAGGACACCGUUGAAUUACGCGACAAACUGCAUAAGACAAGGCUACAUAUUUCACAAUUAGUUAAGGAUACGUCAGCUAAGCUCAAGCAAGCAACUGAAGCUGAUCAGCAUACCGAAGUUAGUCCUUUAAGGAAGAUCGCUGAUGCUAAGCUUGCCAAAGAUUUCCAGUCAGCACUUAAAGAUUUUCAAAAGACCCAAAGGCUUGCUGCUGAGAAGGAAACAGCUUAUUCUCCAUUAGUUCCAAAAGAAGUUCUUCCAUCCAGCUAUGGAGCCCAUGAGAUGGAGAUAACUUCAUCUAGGAGUGCUGAACGGCAAAGUCUUCUGGAAUCUAAAAGACAAGAUGUUGUAUUUGUGGAAAACGAAAUUACAUUCAACGAAGCCAUUAUUGAAGAAAGGGAGCAGGGGAUCAAAGAAAUUCAACAACAGAUUAGCGAGGUGAAUGAGAUUUUUAAAGAUCUAGCAGUUCUGGUACAUGAACAAGGAGCCAUGAUUGAUGACAUUAGUUCUAACGUCGAAAGUUCCCAUGCUGCUACUGCCCAAGGCACUUCACAGCUGGAAAAAGCAUCCAAGAUGCAGAGAGCAAAUUCAUCUAUGACGUGUUUGCUUUUGGUAAUCUUCGGGGUUAUUCUCCUCAUUGUCAUCACAGUCAUCUUGGCUUAGGCAACAAACUCUCACACCUUUCGGUAGGAGCUGUGUAUGUGUGAGCUUCUUGUCAUCUCCAGUGCAGCACUCCUGUCUCCACCCAUACGUCAGUCAAGUCACAAACGACAAAAUUCCAGUCAUGUAAUACUUUUCUUACGCUGUAUUUGAAUUCUUCUCCUUGUGAGUUUACCUGGUCGUGCAACAGUUGUUGUGAAUAGAUCAUUUAUCAUUAAUAAACUUGAAAAUUCUUUUGCCUCAACACCUCAGAAAUGUUUGUUCAUGUAACUAUUUAUUGACCCAUGUACCAGGUGGUUACUAUGAAUUAAAAUACCUUAUACCAA